AUGGACCCUCAUCUCGAUCCCACGACCGCUCUGGUCAACCCAGACGCAGACAAAAAUGGAGGGCCCAUGGAGGUCGAGGAGCCCGUAUCAGUGCACGACAGCAAGGCGUUUGCAGAGAAGCAUCUCGCCGACCUCGGCCAGGAAGAACAGGAUUUCGCCGUGUGUACGUGGAAGAUCAAGGGAUGGCGAACACUAGACAAGAGACUCACAGGUCCAGAGUUUGAGUGCGGUGGUCAUCGAUGGCGCAUCCUCCUCUUUCCCUUUGGCAAUUCCAACGGCCAGCCAAAUGAUAUGGUCUCGGUCUAUCUGGAUUAUGCCGAUCCCAAGGGCAGCCCCGAGGGAUGGCACGUCUGCGCACAAUUUGCCCUCGUCAUCUCAAAUCCACAGGACCCCACCAUCUUCUCCACCAGCCAGGCGCAUCACCGCUUUACUGCCGAGGAGAUGGACUGGGGCUUCACCCGCUUCAACGAGCUUCGCAAGCUCGCUGUCCCCACCGAUGGGCGAAGCCGGCCCAUCAUCGAGAACGACUGCGCCGACGUCACCGCCUACGUCCGAGUGCUCAAGGAUCCGACCGGUGUGCUCUGGCACAACUUCAUCAACUACGAUUCCAAGAAGGAGACCGGCUACGUCGGUCUCAAGAACCAGGGCGCCACCUGCUACAUGAACUCGCUCCUCCAGUCCCUCUUCUGCACACACUACUUCCGCAAAGCCGUCUACCAAAUACCCACCGAGGGAGACAUUCCGUCCGAGAGCGUAGCGCUGGCGCUCCAGCGCGUCUUCUACCUGCUCCAGACAUCCGAUCAGCCCGUCGGCACCAACGAGCUCACAAAGUCCUUUGGCUGGAAGUCGCUCGACAGCUUUUUGCAACACGACGUCCAGGAGUUCAACCGCGUCCUCCAAGAGAAGCUCGAGACCAAGAUGAAGGGUACGGCCGCCGACGGCGCCAUCACCCGUCUGUUUGUCGGCAAGAUGAAGUCGUACCUCAAGUGUGUCAACGUCGACUACGAGUCCUCGCGUUCCGAGGACUUCUACGACAUCCAGCUCAACGUCAAAGGCAUGAACAACCUCGUCGACUCGUUCCGCGACUAUGUUCAGACCGAGAUGCUCGACGGCGACAACAAGUACCACGCAGAGGGCUACGGGCUGCAGGACGCCAAGAAGGGUGUCAUCUUCGAAAAGUUCCCACCGGUGCUCCAUCUGCAGCUCAAACGGUUCGAGUACGACAUCGAGAAGGACUCGAUGGUCAAGAUCAACGACCGCCACGAGUUCCCGCUCGAGAUCGAUCUCGCCGACUACAUCGACAAGGAGUCGCCGCUCAGCAAGGAAGACUGGAAGUACCGGCUGCACGGCGUCCUCGUCCACUCGGGCGACCUGCACGGCGGUCACUACUUUGCCCUGCUCAAGCCCGAGAGAGAUAGCAACUGGUUCAAGUUCGACGACGACCGCGUCACGCCCGUCACCGAGAAGGAGGUGCUCGAAGACAACUUCGGCGGCGAAAUCCCCAACGGCCAUCCCGCAGCACAGAUCGGCGCCCGUGCGCCCGUGCGCGCCAUGAAGCGCUUCACCAACGCCUACAUGCUCGUCUACGUUCGCGAACGCGACAUCGACGAGGUGCUCAAGCCGAUGGCGCCCGAGGAUACGCCCGUGCAUCUGCGCCAGCGCCUCGAGGACGAGCGGCUCCAGAUGGAGGCACGCAAGCGCGAGCGCGAGGAGCAGCACCUCUACCUCACCGUCAAGCUCAUCACCGAGGACACCUUCCGUGGCCACCAGGGUUUCGAUCUGGCCACCUUUGAGGAGCGCAACCUCCCUGCGACCGAUCUGCCAACGUUCCGCGUGCUCAAGAACGAGCUCUACCUCAACUUCAAGUCACGCAUCGCAGCGCAGUACAACCUGCCCGAGGACCUCAUCCGCAUGUGGGUGCUCGUCAACCGCCAGAACAAGACGGUGCGACCCGACACUGUAGUGCCGGAGAACGAUCCCAACCUCACGCUCGAGACGGUGCGCGACCGUAUGGCUUCGCGUCAGCACGACCUGCGCCUCUUCCUCGAGGUGGUCAACGGAGAGCUCCCCAACACCGAGGCCAAUCCGUCCAUGAUGAUCUUCCUCAAGUACUUCGACACCUCUAGGCAGACACUUCUCGGUGUCUCGCGCGUCUAUGUGCAGCGCCACAUGAAGGUGGGCGACCUGGUGCCGACGAUCAACGAGCUCAUGCGUUGGCCGCCAACGACCCAGGUCAAGCUGUUCGAAGAGAUCAAGCCAGGCAUGAUCGAGCAGAUGAAGCCCAAGGCGACGUUCUCGCAGAGCGAGAUCCAGGACGGCGAUGUCAUCUGCUUCCAGAUCGAGCUUUCCGAGAAGGAUGCGCACGACUAUGAAUCGCAGUCGCUCUACUCGAACCCGAUCCAAUUCUACGACUUUUUGCAGAACCAGAUCAAGGUGCUCUUCAAGCCACGCUUCGAGGACGUCGACUACAAGGCCGAGGUCGAGCUGACGCUGAGCAAAAAGAUGACAUACGACAUGAUGGCGGCCAAGGCGGGCGAGCGUCUCAAGCACGAUCCCUUCAAGCUGCGCUUCACCACUGGCAACGGACCCAACGGCACGCCUAAGACGGUGCUCAAGCGCACGGCCAACCAGACGGUCAACGAGAUUGUUUCGCCCAGCUAUAUCCAGGGCCAGGCGUCGCUGCUGUACUACGAGCUUCUCGAUGUCAGCAUCAUCGAGCUCGAGACCAAGCGCAACCUCAAGAUCUUCUGGACCGGACACAACAACAAGGAGGACUCGGUGCACCAGUUCCUGCUGCCAAAGACGGCGAGCAUCUCGGACGUGACGGAUCAGCUUGCAAAGCAGGUCAAGCUUACGCCGGACGGAAGCGGCAAGGUCCGUCUGUUCGAAGCCGUACUCAACGGACGACAGCAGCGCGAGUUUGUCGGCGUCGAGAUGAUCGGCAACAUUGGCGAGAGCGCCGAGCUGUUUGCCGAGGAGGUGCCGCUGGACGAGCUGCAACUCACGGAGGAUGACAAGAUCAUCAACGUCUUCCACUUUAGCAAGGAGCUUGUCCGAACACACGGCGUACCCUUCCGGUUCGUGGUGAAGCGCAACGAGCCGUUCCGCGAGACGCGCAAGAGGUUGCAGGAGAGACUCGAGGUGCCCGAAAAGGAGUUCGCCAAGUUCCGAUUCGCAUUGGUGCAGUCGUCGACGUACAAGCAACCAACGUACUUGGAAGACGACGACUUGCUGUACGAGCACAAGUUCCAACCCGACGACGCGUUGGGUCUGGACCACACCGAUCGUUCGGGUCGUGCUGGCAGGUUCGGCAACAACGUCGUCCAGGACAAGGGUAUUCGCAUUCGCAACUGA